CGUGCCUGCUAGCUUAGGUCGUCGGUUGGUCACGUUCGGUUGCAGUUGUUUACAAUUCACACGCGCCACGCGUGCUCGCACUCGUCAACAUUGCCAAAACACCGGCCAAAUAAACAUUCUGUGAAUGGUGAAAGGUGGAACACACUAUCGAGGGGUUGCUGCAUAAGUGCGCUGAAAUUUUGUCAAUCACAUAUCGAAAUGACAAUCUACGGGAAAUUGGUGCAAAUAAUCAUUAUCUCAUUUUAAGCGGAAUAAGUACUCUAUGAAUUGGGUUUAGUGCACCGCUUGAUUAAUGCAACGCGAACAGCUGUUUCCUUACUGAUGUACACCGCGGCGACGACGGUUGCGGUUUAUGAGCAUAAUGCGCUCUACUGAAAGGUGGUGAUCGAGCAUUGAUAGAAUUUUCCUUCUACGUGACCAUGGAUUGAGUACUAAACAACAGCCGGACUUCUCAUUCCACAAUGUCAAUCGAAUCUGUUCUUCACAAACGCAACAUUUUGAUCACCAAUGGAAGCUCCACUCUUUCGCGCGAGCUAUGCGAACAGUUGAUUGAGAUUUACAAGUGCAGAGUGGCACUAGUUUCGACUUUCAAGGAUAUAAACGUUCCAAAUCCCCUACACUUUCACUGUGAUGUAACCGAUAGGCAUCAGGUCAGGGAGCUGGCAUCGAAGCUUAAAAACAGUGUUGGUACAGUCGAGCUGGUGAUUCAUCAAGAACGUGGCGAUGGUGUUGGAACCACAACCGAGCAAGCGGAACGAUUUGUCAAUCAAACAUCCAACGAUGUUCUCGGAUACGUCAAUCUCCUUACAUGUUUCGUUCCCGAUAUGCUAAGGCAAGGAUCAGGACGAAUUAUUUCUAUUAAAAACACCCAGAACAACGUUCAAACAGCAACAGCGUGUCAACCAGAUUAUGAUGAUCUCGUGGAAAGCAUUUUCCGUUCACAGGAGAAUUUGAUUCCCAACAACGCUGCACGAGGACCCGAGUCUAUUCGCUUCAGUACGAUUUUCUAUCAAAAUCAUAACCGCCAUCAGCAGGCGAAGAUAUCCGCCAAUCUGUCCUUGACUGAAAGUGAGAUUGCACAACGCAUUCUGAAGGGAAUCGAAUCGGAGAAGACAAACGUUCGGAUCGAUACACGACGCAAUCUGUUCGAGUUCUGCUCCACUAACAUCGUUCAGCUGGCCUCGUUCGGAUUGGGGAAACUGCAGUUGAGGAAAUCUCAGAAAAUACCGAUUAAAGUACAAUAAAGAUUAUGUGAUUUAAGUGUUGAA